AUGGCUUGGACCAGAUCUGGCACACAGGAAUCGUCGCUUUCGACAGGGAAUACUUCUUCUCCAAUGACACAAUCUUCGACUUGCCAGGUUAGGUCCUUGGGCUACACCUUCUGGAGCCAAGACGAGCUCCACGACUUCAUUGUCAAUGAUCUCAAACCGAUUUUCCACAGAGACACCUACGACGUGGUCUGCAACAACUGCAACCACUUCAGUGAUCGAGUCGCCAUGUUCCUUACCGGACGACCACUUCCCGAGGACGUUCGCAAUCAGGCGGACCGCCUCAUGGACUUGGUCACGGUGCGGGCGGUGCGGCCUUUCUUGAACUGGUUACUGAGAGACUGUGUCGUCAGCCGUGAUGGCACUGCCAGGCCUGUGGAGGUUCCUCACGGGCGUUGGCAUCGAAUCACCACCGUCGAAGAGGUCAUCCCUGGAACGGUAGUUGCGGUGCAUCCGGAGUGGGGCCGAAGCACCGCAGUGCUUGGAAUUGUGUGCGAUAGUCGGGAGGGCGAGGUGUUUGGACCUUCUCAUCGGCCGGGGCUUCCCGUUCUGAACUGCGGCUCGUAUAGCUGCAUGCCGCAGAAUGGUUGCUGUCAGUCGCACACACGUUUCGUCAGUGCCGCCAAUGGCGACCUUGAGGUUUGGGUGAAGUACUUGGAUGUGAUCUUGCGAGAAAAUCGGGAAGGCUACUGUGCUUGCAAACUGCGGACGCAGAAGGUUCCCGUCGCAAGGCUGUCCCUGGUGACCCUUGACGGCUCGACCUUUGGAGCUCGUUACCGUGAGGCCUUGGACGUGCUCACGCAGCAACUCGUGACCAAGCCGGGUCUCCGAUCCGUGUGGGGCAUGAGCGAGAAGAGUGCCAUGGCCGAGAGUCUGGCAGAUGGUAUUGCCAAUGACUCCUUGGAGAGCCAUGAGGUGCCAGCUCUGGAUCCAAUCCGCCUCUCGCAGGCCGAGCUCUCGCCGGAUUGGCGAGCAGAGGCAGAAGGGCACAUCGUCGAGGCUUAG